AUGGACGCUCCCACCGCCCUCUUUCUGCCGUCCCCUCCCCCGCUCGACAACACCUUCGGCGCCUUCUUGCUGGGGACAUUUCUAGGCCUCGUGCUGUAUGGAGUCACCAUCCACCAGGCGUACAGAUACAUCCGACUGUAUCACAAUGACGGCAUCUUGGUCAAAGUGUUUGUGGUUUGUAUCUUUGUCGUAGAAACGCUGCAGAUUUCAACGUGCAUGCACACCUGUUACUUCUAUCUGGUUACCAACUACUUCGACCCUCAAGCUCUCGCACGCGGCGUGUGGUCUAUCCAGGCCCAAUCUGUCAUCUGCGCACUCGAGGUAUUCCUCUCGCAAAGCUUCUUUGCACGGAGAGUGUAUCUGGUCAGGCCGCAGUAUAAAGUGGUCGUCGCGCUCGCGGUCUCGUUCUCCAUAGUCGCGCUCGCCUUCGGUACAGCAACAACUGUUCAAGGCAUCAAAAUCCACACAUUCACAAGAUUCCAACACUACACCUGGAUGGACUCGGUGGCGUUCGCGGCGGCGGUCGCCUCGGACGCGCUCACAACUGGGGUCCUCAUCUACGUCCUGAAAGCUAGCCGCACGGGUUUCAAGAAGACCGACCAUAUCAUUGACCGGCUGACGCUAUACGCGGUCAAUACUGGAUUUUUGACGGGGGUAUUUGAUCUUCUUGCCUUGAUAUUCGCCGUAGUUUACCCCGACAACCUUGUAUACUUCGCCUUCUCGAUCGUCGCGACUAAAGUCUACGCCAAUUCGCUCCUAGCCGUACUCAACACGCGCCACUCCGGCGCCGAGGGAAGAGACCCGGGGAGUACCAUCGGUAUACAUGCCGUAUCGACGCACAACGAGACGCGCGUGACUGUGGCCGGAAUGUGGAACGCGCAGCAGAUGCCCAAGAACCACUCCGAGACGGCGAUAGAGCUCAAGACCAGCGACACGAGCUCCGUGUGA